UGACUAAAUGUGAGUCCAUUUAAUGUAUUUUCUAGGUGGUUGCCUGAGCGGUUCGAUCAGAGGUGUUUGUAUGCAUCGCAUGUGCAGCAGCAUCUUCACGGCCUCUCCGCAUGUCAUUUGAUCAGAGCAGAAAACAACAGUCUCCAGGCAACGCCUGAAACAAAACAUCCUGUAGCAUGGCUGCAGCUUCGAAUCCCUUCUCGUCUCUUCCCACAGAGAUAAAAGUGAUCAACAGGCUGAGCUCUGGUCUGUGCAGAGCAGGAAGGAGGGAUGAGCCGGGAACUGGACGUGUGGCCUCUCAGAAGCCCGUUGCCCUGGCUCCGUUUAGAGACGAUGUCCCCCUGCUGGACCCCUGCAGCGGCCAUCUGAGCGCAGGAGCCAGAGUGCAGCUUGGGAUCCAAAGCCGGACAGAGUUUAUAGAUCCGUUUUCACAGUGGCUCAGGAAAAGGCCUCAAACAACUGCCAGCCUUUCAGUCCAAGGUUCAGCCGUUCCCACUCAGUCACAGAGGACAGCAGCAACGCUCUGCAGCCUCCCUGAAAAACACGCCGGGCAUCUGGCCUCCUCCUCUUCGUCGGCCUGCUGCUCGUGCAGCGAUGACUCAGCGGCGCUCCGACGCUACAUUUACACUUCUUCCACUCAGAGGAGCUAUGAGGAGGUGAACUGGGGAAUGAAGUUCUCCAGAUCCCCAAAUGCAGCUGGAGCGACCCUGGAGCGCCGGGCCGACCCUGUGAGCGAGCGGACCUCAUCACGGCGCUACAGCAGCAGGCCUCAGCUGUGGCAGUCUGCAGGCGCUGAGUGGAACCGGCGACAACUUCGACGCAGGAACGACGCCAGGAAACCCAUUUCAUUCUGCAGCAGAUAUGCAAGAUCAGGUCAAAUCCCUUCAUUUACCAGAACAACUGGCUCAGAGAACAUGGACGACAUUGACAACAUGGAGGCAGAUUUCCAGCCUCUAACAGUGAAGAGGAGCGUCACUCCGUCGUACACACCGACAGCGCAUCGGACCACAAUGCCAGCCUUCACAGGCAAAGGCGUCCAUGCUCCCCCUGCUGCUGAGGAGGUCUCCAUCUCUGGAGUGACCCGAGGACGUGAGCGUGCGGCGCCGCUGUCCAGGAUGGUGACCUCUGUGACCCCGUGUAACCCCUACCUGAGCGCCCGGCUUCCUGCCUGGAGAGGCUUCAGCCCCGUGAAGAUGAGAAAGUUCUGAAGCAUCAUCUUCCUCUUUAUGCCGUCCAAUCAGUUUGUGUGAAUAAAACGUCAGAAACUGAUCCGGAGUCAGUGGGAGAAUAAUGAGUUUCUCCAUUAUCAUAAUUUCCCUGAUUUAGAUGAGUGGUUUUCUAACUCUGGGUGCCGAGCGUUUGCAUUGUCCUCGUAUACAUUUGCUCUCUUACAGACGCACUCAGUCGUUAAGAGUGUGUGUGUGUGUGUGUGGGGGGGGGGUAUAAAUGGAUGGCAGUAAAUUGUUUCCAAUCCACCAUCUUUGUGUUUGAAGCAGCAGGUUUGGUGCUGCUGCUGCAGUUUGUGGUGCGAUCUUCUUCUUCUUCUUCUUCUGCUGCUGCUGCUGCAGCUGCCAGCAGUCGCAUCAUUCUGAGGCAAACAUAUUGUGUAGAGAUUAUUAUGAAGUUCCUGCCAGCUAUAUCUUUAUGUCUGUGGUUUGAGCAGCUUCGCGCUUACACAGGAAAUAGGAAUGAGCUGGUUUUCCUGUUUCUCUUCAUCUAUAGUUUGUUUAGAUUUGCUCUUGGAGGGAUUUCUACACCAACACGCUGCUGAUUUGGUGUCAGCUUGGAGACUCAUCUCACAUUUACCACACUAUUUGUUUUGGGGUGGGAAUAAAACAGGGCAGUUUCAUACU